AUGCUGGUCGUCUUGAUCGACAUCCCUAAAACUACAAUAACAGCAACAACAGCGACGACAACAACAUCAACCACAACAUCAACAGCAACAACAACAACAGAAACGACGACAACAACAUUCAACAUCGGUGUUCUUCUCAACAAUGGCACUGGCACGUUUGCUGCUCAAGUAACCUAUUCGACUGGCGUUGAUCCGUAUUCGGUUGCAGCAGCUGAUGUCAACGGAGACAGCAAACUCGAUAUUAUUGUCACAAACUAUGGUUCAAACAACGUCGGUGUUCUCCUCAACACUGGCACUGGCACGUUUGCUGCUCAAGUGACCUAUUCAACUGGCUCUGGUCCAUAUUCGGUGGCAGCAGCUGAUGUCAAUGGAGACAGCACAGUCGAUAUUAUUGUCGGAAACGAUGUUUCAAAUAACAUUGGUGUUCUCCUCAACAAUGGCAAUGGCACAUUUGCUGCUCAAGUGACUUAUUCAACUGGCUCGAACCCGCGGUCUGUGGUAGCAGCUGAUGUCAAUGGAGACAGCAAGCUCGAUAUUAUUGUUGCAAACAUGAAUUCAAACAACGUCGGUGUUCUUCUCAACAAUGGCAAUGGUACUUUUGCUGCUCAAGUGACUUAUUCAACUGGCUCGAACCCGUAUCCGGUGGCAGCAGUUGAUGUCAGUGGAGACAGCAAAGUUGAUAUUAUUGUCGCAAACGGCGGUUCAAACAACGUCGGUGUUCUUUUAGCUGCUUGCAACUGA